AACGAUUUUUCCCCUGACCAAGACUUUCUCCUCCCAAUAUUUCUGCAUCUAAAACCCUAGUUACCCGCACCGUCUCCGGCUCCGGCUUCCGCCGAUUCGAGCUCCGAGCAGCCGACUAAAGACUCCGGUGACCGAAAUCUGACAUACCUAUCUCUCUCUUCGGUCAGAUUCGUGUCCAGGGUUUUUGAGGCGAUCUGAGUUUAGAUUGGAAGGCGAUGGCAGCUGAGACGGCGGCGGAGGCGGUGCCGAUGGAGCAACCACUUGUUUCUCCUCAAGUUGUGGGAAAUGCAUUUGUGCAGCAGUAUUAUCAUAUACUUCACCACUCUCCUGAGCUUGUAUACAGGUUUUACCAGGAUGGGAGCAAGCUCGGUCGACCAGAGGAAGAUGGGUCCAUGAGCAUUACCACCACAAUGCUAGCAAUCAAUGAAAAGAUACUCUCUCUUAACUAUGCAGACAUUACUGUAGAAAUAAAGACAGUUGAUGCCCAGGAGUCUUUUAAAGGAGGUGUAACUGUCCUGGUCACCGGAUGUUUGACGGGGCAAGAUACCCCUGUCAGGAAUUUCACUCAGUCGUUCUUUUUAGCACCACAGGACAAAGGGUUCUUUGUUUUGAAUGACAUGUUUCGCUAUGUCAAAGUUUCCAAUCAGGAUGACAGAAGCCAUAUCCCAAUGGCUGAUACCAUGGACACUGUUCCUAUAGAGCAAAAUCAAUUUCCAGCUCAAGAGACUCUCAUUUCAGACGAAAGCACUCCAUCAGCUGAAGGAGAUGAAGUGAAUGGGGGAGAAGUGUUUAAUCCGCACGAGGAUCAGAAUGUCCCAAUUGUUGAAGAAGAAGAACCUGUGGCUGAGGUUGUUAAUGAACCACAAGAUGUUUCUGCACCAGAGGUGGUCGAGCCCAUGCCUGUCCCAAUAAACGAAGCAGUUCCUAAGAAAUCUUAUGCUAAGAUUGUUAUUGAGCUCAAGGAAAGUGCUGCUACUUUCUCUCCACCCCCUGCGCCUGUCAAUCGUAACCCUGCAGUGAAGCAUACCGAGAGAAUGCAUCAGCAGCCAGCACCCGCAGUUGUUCUCGACAGUUCAGCAUCUGUUGAUAACCUGAAUAACCAAGAGGGAGAAGCGGAAGGCUAUUCCAUCUACAUAAGAGGCCUGCCCAUGCAUGCAAAUAAGGCAAUGGUAGAAGAAGUAUUUAAAAACUUUGGACCUAUCAAAGAUGAAGGCAUUCAAGUCAGAAGUCACAGAGGAUUUUGUUUUGGGUUUGUGGAAUUCGAAGAGCCAAAUGCUGUGCAAAAAGCAAUUGAGGCAUCGCCUGUAGCGAUUGGUGGACGCCAAGCAGUUGUUGAGGAGAAGAGGUCUACUAGUUCACGAGGUAACAACCGAAGAUUCUUGCCGGGAAGGGGGUCAAUGUACCGAAGUGAAGGAGUAAGAGGGCGAGGCUAUGGAGGUGGGGGUGGGGGAAGGGGAGGACACAACAGGGGAGAGUUCAACAGUGGGAGGAAUGAAUUCAACAACCACCGGAGUGGCGGCGGCGGCGGCGGUACUCGUGGAGGAUCGUCAAACCGUGGAAACGAUGGAUAUUAUUGGUCAGAUCAUGGCGGGAACAACUACGGCGGGGGGCGUGUGAAUCGUGACGGCGGGGAAGGAAUGCCUUACGGAAAUGCAAAGAACAUGGCCCCACGAGUGCCUGCUACUGCUUGAAGACAAUAACUUGGUGCCUGGGUAGAGGCUUUUGUUUUAGUAGGCUUUUGUUUUUUUUUAACUUUAAAUUUUAAUUGCAACAUUAAAGAGUUCUCUUUCAGGACCCAUUGGAAUUUUUCUGAGUUUUUUUUUUAAUUUCCUCCAAUAUUGUGGGUAUAUGAAAUGGCAAGUGAGAUGAAUUUAUUGUUAUUUUUGUGCGAGUAGGAGAGGAGUGGUAUGGAACACGGAUGAUUAUGUUAUUGCCACCUUUAAUUAUUAUUACUUCUUUAAACCAUUUUUGUAUCUGUUUUGUACUUCGUUUCAAAUUAAAUUGUCUGUUUAGUA